AGAGUUUAAGCAAAAAAGUUGAUAUGACCAAAGUGCGCCUGGAAGUGGUCAAACCUUGGGUUACGGAAAAAAUUACUGCCAUUUUAGGCAUAGAGGAUGAUGUUGUUAUAGAAUAUGUCUUCAAUCAGUUGGAAGCAGAAAAGCAAGUAAUGCCAAAGGGGUGUUGGUCCAUGGUGGAGGCGCCCCAGCCAGCGACCUGCUCCAGGCUACCUGUAGGGUAGUGUCCUCGUCUGCAUCUGGCUGGCCCAUCUCAUGGGGGCUGGUCUUCUCUCCUUGUCUGGGUUCUUUCUCCCAGGUGUCUGAGGCACCUCUGCCUUGGCCCCCUGUGAGGAAGUGAUCUCCGACACCUUGGAUAGCAUCUUUCACUCGGGCACAUGACCUGGGAAACUGGGCCAUGGCCUGGUAUAUCUACAUGCGACAACUACCUGGGCAUUAGGCCUGGGGUGACUGGGCCAAAUCUCCUUCACAGCCGAUCUUCAUCUACAGUACUUGGAUUGCUCUGGGCAUAAGUGCCUGGAGCAGUCUGGGUUCCUCAUCACACUUCCUGCGGUGCUCAUCUGGAGGAUACUGGGCCUCUUGCCUGGUUCAUUAGAAGCUUGACCGGGGAUAAACGUCCUUGGUAAAAGCCUCUGUCAUCGAGGGUCUGGAAUCUGGGUUACUGUUGGCCGUCUGUGUGAGACACCAACCUGGAUUCCAGGCUCUGUCUGGACUCUUCCAGGCUUCCACCAUCUUUAAAUGAAGAUAGUCUGAAGUCCCAGGCCAAUGCUGGCUUGGCCUUGGUCAUCAUCCGAGGAUCCGGGAAUCUUUGGCUUGGAGAAAGCAUUCCAUGGGUCUCCAUGCCGUACCAAGUUGAAUUCAAGAAUGAAAAACAUUGAGUCUUUGCCAAGAGCUUCUACGUCGUGCACAGCAGUCCUCACCUUCCCCACAAAUGGCUCGUAAUGCCAUAAGAUAUUUAAGCCUUCUAGGAGGAGGAUGGAGAGUGAUGCUGCACUUCAGCUUUGUAGUGGGAGUCUGUGCUGCUCUCUCAGGUUUGGUGUGUUAGUCUCCUGUAACAGUCUGCUUAAGAUGAAUUCAUGGGGCAAUCCUGUAACAGUCUGCUUAAGAUGAAUUCAUGGGGCAAUCUCCAUACCCAUCUUGGUGGUUAUCUGUAACUCGUAGUGAAUUUACAUUGAAGCUAAGCCACCAGAGUAAACUGCUUUAUUUGUACAAGUUUUAUACCGAAUGGUGUGUUGUUCUUGUGAAAGCAAAUCAUGUACUGGUCAUGGUUGUGUAAAUUAAUCAGUGUAUUGCUUCUCCAAGUACGGUGAAGCCUGAUCAUAAUAAAGUGCUAUGCCUGUGUAUUUUAAAAAGUUGUAUAUUAUGUCUUCCAGAAUCCAGAUCCCAGAAAAAUGCAGAUCAUGUUGACGGGCUUCCUCAAUGGUAAAAAUGCUCGCAUAUUCAUGGGAGAAAUGUGGGAUCUCCUGCUUUCUGCCCAAGCCAGUCCAUCAGGCAUACCAAAGCAGUUCCUUGAUCAGAAAAAAGAAGAACUUAAAAAGAAAAUGGAAGAAGAAGAAAGGUUGCAGAAGAUUCAAGAAGCUCGACGAGAACGAGAUAAAGACAAGGAAAAGGAAAAAGAACGGGACCGUGAUCGUGAUAAAGAUAGAGAGAAGGACCGAAGAGAUAGGAGGAGUCGCAGCAGAGAUAGAUCUUCUAGAAAUUCUCGCCGGGACAGGUCUCGCUCGCCGCGUUCCAAAGAUGACAAAAAGGACACAAAAAAAGAUUCUUCUAGAUGGGAUAAAAAAGAGGACACCAAAAUUAAAGAGGAGAAGAAAGAAGCAAAUGGGGAAGCUACGACUAAAGAGAAAUCGUCGUCUGCCAAGUCACCCAAACGUGAAUCAUCGCCCAAGCAUGACGCGCCAGUCAAACAAGAGAAGCCUGAAAUUACUCCCAAGAAGGAACGCAGUGAUAGAGGAGAUAGAGGAGACGGUGGGCAUUCCCGAGACAGGAAAAGCAAACGAACCGACAGGGGCAAAUCUCCGAGAAAGGAAGAUGAUCGCAGACGUCGGAAUUCUCCCCGAAAACGAUCUCCGAGUCCUCGAAAACAUUCACCAGUUACUCGGAAGCGGUCACCUAGUAUUAGGAAGAGAUCAGUUAGUCCACGUAAGCGGUCACCCAGUAUUCGAAAGAGAUCACAGAGCCCUCGGAAAAGAACACCCACUCCCCGCAAACGUUCUCCCAGUAUCCGCAAGAGAUCAGUCACUCCACGCAAGCGUUCUCCUUCACGUAAGCGCUCGCCAACUCCUCCCAAGAGACCAGGAAGUCCACGUAAACGAUCGUCGUCGCCAAGGCCUAAAGUGCGCAGACGGCUUUCACGUUCACCCAGCUCAAACUCAGAGUCUUCCAGUGGUUCAAGGUCUCGGAGUAGAUCAGCCCCAAGAAAUAAAGAUGAUGAUUUCGAGAUUCAUCGAAAAGAAGAUUCUGUCUUGAAGAAAAGGCAGUACAGAUCCAACAGAGAUCCUUCCAGUUCAGAAGAUGAGGUAAAUCGAGAGGGACCAUCUCGGCAUUUCACUGGUGACCAUAGAGGUGGUGGUGGUGGGGGUGGUGGAAGUCCCCCUCGUCGAAAUGCUCCACACAUUAAUAGACGAUCUAUUUCUCCUCGAAGGGGUAGGAGGUCUCCUUCACCACGAUACCGCCGAAGCCCACGGCGUCAUACUCCAAGCCCAAGGUUCAUCAGGCGAUCACCUAGUCCACGUGGCAGGAGAUCCAUAAGUCCUAAGGGAAGUCCUCGGAUGCGUGGAUCACCUAUGCAAAGAGGUAGAAUGUCGCCACAUGUAAAAAGAGGAAGGUCGCUUAGCCCACGAGGCAGACGAUCUCCUAGCCCUAGAAAUCGCAUGUCUCCCGCUCUCAGGGGACGUAGAUCACCCAGUCCAAGAGGAAGACGUUCUGUUAGUCCAAGAGUGCGUAGGUCACCUAGUCCAAGAGUAAGGAGAUCUUCGAGUCCCCGGAGGAGGCCCAUGUCACCACCACAGAGAUAUCGCCGUUCUGCCUCACAUUCACCAAGUCGGAAGAAACAUAGAAGCCCCUCGAGGUCACCUCGACGUGCUGGUGGGCCAGUUCUCCCUCCAAGUGCUGACAAGAAACACAACAUAAGCAAUGCCAGUCGCCUGAUGCAAUUAGCAAACUAUUCUGCCGAUACAAUUAAAGAAGUUCAGUAUAAACUAACCAAGAAAAAUGAAAAUAACCAUCCUGCCUCUGCCAGCGAGGAUUCUGAUACAGAUGAUGCGAGAACAGUACGGAGAGCACAGAAGAGAAGAUCACGGUCUGUUACCGAGUCAGCGUCACCGAGGCAGAGACGGCGACUGGACUCUGGCUCUGCUGACGGUUCGAUGGAGGAGGAGGAAGAGGAAGGGUCAUCCAGUAGAGACUCUUCACCAGUAGAAAAGAAGAAGAAGAAAAAGAAGAAGAAGCAUAAGAAGAAGGAAACCAGCACUGAUUCUGAGUUAUCAGAAGUUGAAGAGAAGAAAAAGAAGAAAAAGGAAAAGAAGAAGAAACACAAGAAGCAAAAGAAGCACAAGAAGCACAAGAAACACAGACAUGAGGAGACAGAGAGUGAGUCAGGAGAGAGCAUGGGAGCAGAGGAGCUUGAACGGAAGCUACGGGAGAAAGCCCUCCUCUCCAUGAAACGUCAGGAGCGAUCAUCUGCAGCCUCAGAAUCCGAAUAGGUUCAGGUACUAUUGUGUACACUGAGCAUGAGAACCAUAAGUAACUUUUAUAGGUGACUAUUUUGUAGAACCGUAAAUUGUUCGAGUCGAUGCCAUGAUAGCAACGAUGGGAUUUCUUAAAUUUACUGAGCAACGGGUGCCACAUCAAGGAUACCUCUCUCCUUGUCACUCAUUUGAUAAAAACCCUUGAUGCACAAUUUGUUUAGUGUAUUAUUUGCCUCUGAUUUUGUAUAAUGGCUGGAAAAGGGGAGAUUCUGCCUUUACACAGUUUAUUUAUGUGUUGGGAAGAGUACAUGGGACAUGGCAGCACUGACUUCAUGCUGUUUAUUGUUGUAAAUACCUUGGAACAAAUGCAUAAAAUUGCACUAAAAAGCAGUUAAAGUUAAAAUGAAAAUAGAGUAAAUUUCACAUGUUAGCCCUUAUAUUCUGAAUCUUUGCCUUAUGAGCCUAACACUGGAAUAAAUUAACCAUUUCAUAGUUUGCUAUUUGUAUUCAAAAAAUUUAGGGAUCAAAGUUUUGAACCUUGGCAUCAUGUAGUAAAAUUCUGACCGUUAUUAUUCUUCAAUGAGAAUAUCAUAAAAACUGAGGCAGUGUAUGCUAUGAGCAACAGUCAAGGGUAUUUAGCUGUCUUUUGGACUCCCCUUUGUAUGAACUGUGUAUUUGCCAAUACAGUGCAAGAUAAUAUGUUUGAAUUAAACUGUACAAUGAAGCAAAUAGUUUUGCCUAAAUGGCAGUCAAUCAGGUAAUUUACAGCAUUCUUUUUCCACUCUGUACUCCAAUAUAUAAAUAUAUAUAUUUCUUGUUUGCUGCAAUACUAUUAGUGUAUAUUUUAAAUUUUUUCCUUAUGAAUGGUUGUAAAAUGUACAUCAGUUUUGAUAUCUUUACAAUGCACAGUAUUUAACAUACGGUAUAAUUUUUUACAAAAUGGCAGUGUAAUGCCAUGAAGCAUGAUAAGGAAUGCUAGGUUAGGAUUUGAUUGUGAUUAUGUAAAUGAGUAAAAAGCUGUUAAUAAACAUUUUGUACAAAACCAAA